AUGGCGAAUAUUGUCUGUGACUGUAAGAGUUACUUCGACUUGGACGCCGAUAACCAAACAUGCAUAGCCGAUAUCCCCUGCUCUUCAAACAAUGGGACGGGACCUUGCCUCGACAAUAAUACCAUGUGCUACGAGAUGAACGGGACAGAGACAUGCACCUGUAAACUUGGUUACGUGCCCACCACCAAUACAUCGUGUGAGGCCGGCAACCCGUGUGCGAAUGUCACAACACACUACUGCGAUCCGAAUGCAAUCUGCAACAAGACUGUCGCAGAUGGGCCUGGAUUUAUCUGCACCUGUAAGACGGGGUAUGGCGGCAAUGGGACAACCUGUUAUGGGUGCAAGCUAGGGUACGCGGGUGAUGGAGAGGGGUGUUCGGACAUCGAUGAGUGUGUUGCAAACGGUGGCACAAUGAACCAGUGUUCACCAAAUGCUACGUGUAACAAUACCGUGGGAUCAUACGAGUGUGCCUGCAAGAGCGGGUUCAGCGGUGACGGGAAAAUAUGUAACGACAUCGAUGAGUGUGUUGCAAACGGUGGCACAAUGAACCAGUGUUCACCAAAUGCUACGUGUAACAAUACCGUGGGAUCAUACGAGUGUGCCUGCAAGAGCGGGUUCAGCGGUGACGGGAAAAUAUGUAACGACAUCGAUGAGUGUGUUGCAAACGGUGGCUCAAUGAACCAGUGUUCAAAACAUGCUAAGUGUAACAAUACCGUGGGAUCAUACGAGUGUGCCUGCAAGAGCGGGUUCAGCGGUGACGGGAAAAUAUGUAACGACAUCGAUGAGUGUGUUGCAAACGGUGGCACAAUGAACCAGUGUUCACCAAAUGCUACGUGUAACAAUACCGUGGGAUCAUACGAGUGUGCCUGCAAGAGCGGGUUCAGCGGUGACGGGAAAAUAUGUAACGACAUCGAUGAGUGUGUUGCAAACGGUGGCACAAUGAACCAGUGUUCACCAAAUGCUACGUGUAACAAUACCGUGGGAUCAUACGAGUGUGCCUGCAAGAGCGGGUUCAGCGGUGACGGGAAAAUAUGUAACGACAUCGAUGAGUGUGUUGCAAACGGUGGCACAAUGAACCAGUGUUCACCAAAUGCUACGUGUAACAAUACCGUGGGAUCAUACGAGUGUGCCUGCAAGAGCGGGUUCAGCGGUGACGGGAAAAUAUGUAACGACAUCGAUGAGUGUGUUGCAAACGGUGGCACAAUGAACCAGUGUUCACCAAAUGCUACGUGUAACAAUACCGUGGGAUCAUACGAGUGUGCCUGCAAGAGCGGGUUCAGCGGUGACGGGAAAAUAUGUAACGACAUCGAUGAGUGUGUUGCAAACGGUGGCACAAUGAACCAGUGUUCACCAAAUGCUACGUGUAACAAUACCGUGGGAUCAUACGAGUGUGCCUGCAAGAGCGGGUUCAGCGGUGACGGGAAAAUAUGUAACGGUUAG